AAAUUCUACAAGUGGAGCUUGAGAAGGGUAGAGUAUAUAUACACCUUCUUCUCACCUCAGGAAGAUAGAGAGGCAGUUUCUAGAGGAACUAGGAUAUAUUUAUCCCUAGUAUAACAAAAAAAAUUCACUCCUCCAACGGCCAUUCGUCAAUUUAGUUCUAGUUUCCUUCUAUAAAACCCCCUAAGGUUCUCACUAUUUAUUGUACCCAACACUCCUCAGACUACUAAAUCUCUACUUAUCUUCUCUCAAUUUCUCUUUUAAAUAAUGAAAAUGUUUGGCAAGAUAGCAUGCUUACUGAUUUUGUGCGUGGUGUUGAUUGCACCCCAUGCAGAGGCAGUGACAUGCGGCCAAAUUCAAGUUGGGGUGGUGAAUUGCCUCCCUUAUCUGCAGAAUCGUGGCCCUCUAGGAGGGUGCUGUGGUGUCAUUAAAGAUCUACUUAAGCUUUGCAAGACACCACAUGAACGUAGGAAAUCAUGUAGGUGUGUUAAAACAGCUGCUAAUCUUAUAAAGGGCAUUGAUUUUGGCAAAGCCGCUGGUCUCUCUGGUGUUUGUGGUGUCAAGAUUCCAUUCGAAAUCAGCCCUUCCGUUGACUGCUCCAAGGUGAAGUGACGAUGAGGAAAGAGAUCUGUUUUCAUAUCAUAAUUUGGUAGAAACUACCACAAUCAUGUGGAGAAGAAUAAGAUGGGUCGAGAAUGGCCCUGCUUAAUUACGAGUCGUGUCCGUUCUCUCUCUCUUUCUUUCUUGUGUAUCUUUUCGAGUCGUAGUCCGAGUCUUGUAAUAAUAUUUUGAAGGUUUGUUUCGUCACAAUCCAAUCUUGAUUAUACA